GUCUGUUCGGUGUGGAAGUCUGUCGGGAGACGGUCCUGGGCCUGACGCAAGGCUCCGUGUCCGACCUGCCUCUCAGACCAAAGCCCUGGCACAAGCUGAGCCUGAAGGGCCGCGAGCCGUUCGUCCGGGAUGCAGCUGUGGCUCAACGACCCGCACAACGGGACAAGCUGCGGGCAUGAAGAAGAUGGAGAAGAAAGCGUACCUGAAGAGGCGUUACGGUCUGCUGAGCACGGGGUUCGGACAGCGACUCCCCGACGCGUCCGGUCGGAGUGUGUGAGCCCGGCGCUGGCCUCUCUGGAACCUCUGCCCCCUACAGCCAGGGCCAAGAAAAUCCGAGUGGUGCUGGCGCUGAGGAGAGGAGGAGCUGAGGAAGGCCUACCUCUCGGAGCCAUACCCCUCCCAGAACCACCAUCGAGAUCCUGGCCUCGCAGCUCCACCUGAAGACCAACACCCGUAUCAACUGGUUCCACAACUACAGGUCCAGGAUGCGACGGGAGGUUUUGAUGGAGGGUCUGCAAGACAACGACAUGGAUGCUGAGCCUCACAGCUACUCUCCCUCAGCGACACGGAGCCCCCCCUCAGAAGGAGAGGACCGGAGACCCCCCUCAGGACACAUCCACAACUCCCUGCCUCACGUCAAACAGGAAGAAGAGGGAGGUGAGCUGAUGAAGUCCUCCAGGGUCCAGUGUUUCUCCACCGCCGUGCAGUUCCCACCGCUGAAAAGCGAGCACGAGGAUGCAAUGUCUGGAUGUCGGGAGCCUCACCUGGAGGGGAUGAGCAGCCCGGGUCAGGGUCUGUACGCUGAGGGCCCCCAGAGGAACAUCCAGUCCAGGCAUGAAGGAGGGGGGGAAGAGUCUGGGAAGUCCCCCGUGGAUCCGGUGAGCUUCAAGGCUUCGUCGGAGCCGUGCCGCAGCAGUUUGGAAGUUUCCCUGAACUCCCCGUCCGCAGCGUCCUCCCCCGGCCUCAUGAUGUCCGUCUCCCCCGUCCCCUCCUCCUCCGCCCCCAUCUCGCCCAACCCCCCCUCCACGAGCACCAAUCACAGCCUGGACCCCGGCCAGCUGCAAAGCCCCAAAGUCAACAGAAGCAGUCAGAGACGCAACGAGAAAAUGGCCAACCUCAAUAACAUCAUCCACAGGUUAGAGAGGGCGGCCAAUCGAGAAGAAACACUGGAGUGGGAGUUUUAAUUAAACCCCCCCACCAACGUCUUUUUGCUUGUAUGUAGUACGGAUGACCCUCGCGGCACACAAGGGGGUCUCAAAUUAAAUCUUCCUCGGAGUGGAGCCUGGCUCCUGAAAAGACUGAAAACUCACCGGGAAAAGCUAAACUGAAUUCCCUGCAAGAACUAAAAGAGUUGAGAAAAAAAAAGUUUAUAAUUGUGUAUUUGUUGUUUUUCUUUUGAUAAUGCAUACUACUUUGAGAUAUAUGUGACAGCACUAGCUGUUGUUUUACCUAUUGGACUUGACAUGAAGACUUUUGCAGCUAUGGUGUCAUAAAAUGUACACUGAAGUUCUGUAGAUUGCCACUGGGUGAGAUUAAAAAAAGACCCCUGUCUUAAGCCAUUAAAAGCACUAUAACUAUUUGAAAAAGAGACAUUGACCAAAUUUGCUACUUUUUGAAUAGCAAUUUUUCAGAUUUUGUCUGUAAGACGGGACAGUUUAAGUCAUGUAACAUGAAAUCCUACUGACUGAGGGAUAGUCCUUUAAGACUCUAAAUACUCAACAUCUUGUAUGUAACUUAGUUUCUUGGUGAUAUGUUUUGAACUAUUUGUAACUCACACGUAUAAAAUGUGGUUGUACAUGUUGUAGAAUUGUCUGCAAUAGCCUUCUCUAAACCUGAUGUAGCAUGGUACUCACCUGACCCUGUUAUCCUCUGUAGUUAGUCACCUGUGAUUAUACUUGAGCGAAAACAAGAGAAAAAAAAAGUUGAAAACCCUGCAAAAAACAAGAAAAAAGGAGAAUCUAAUGAGUAGAGUACUUUUAGUGUUUUUGUUUUCUUUCUUUGUAUACUCCUUGAGGUUUACAGUUUAGGGCCCUUGUGCUUCAGUGAGACCUUCACUACACGAGCACAGUUUACACGGUUUCUUUCAGACUUACCUCUCUGACCCUCCAAGGCGCUGGUUCUCAGACUGUAACAGGACACCUGGUUUACCUCAGAUUAUGUUGAUGCACAUCAUGCAAUGACCAUGUGUUUCAUUCUUAUACAUAAACAUGACACACACUUAUCGAGUGGUGCAGGGAUGACGUAUGUGUGUAGGCUAACUCAAAUGUUAGACCUUCCUCAACAAAAUGUGAUUAUUGCAGAUAAUCUUCUAUGUGGCAAACACACUUUUAUGAUACUUACACGUUUUAUUCAGCAGGAUCAUCUCCACAUAUUAACACCACUUUUAUAAUAGUUAAAGAGUGAAUGCAAUAUCCAGAAGUAAAAAGCUAACGUUUGGAUAGAAACAAACUACAGAAUGACCACAUGACAGGAUACACGGAUGUAAACUCCAAAAGCUAAUGUUGGGCUAUAAAGGAACUACAGCACGGUCACAUGACUUCACGUCACCACCGCUAAGCUAAA